UCUCGAGAUGGCAGAAUUGUUUAUGGAAUGUGAAGAAGAGGAGCUAGAACCAUGGCAAAGGAGAGUGAAAGAAGUGGAGGAGGAUGAUGAUGAUGAUGAGCCAAUCUUUGUCGGGGAAAUCUCAAGCUCAAAGCCAGCUAGUACAUCUAUGGAAGAAUGACAUCAGUUCUUCUCUGGCUUAUAUAUUGAACAGAGUCAACCUCAGCUCAUCACGAAGGGGGAUACAGAAUGGUGCACCCAGUAGAGGUACAGUUACUACAUUCAAGCCUGACAGUCACCAUUAUGCGACACCUGCAUCCAGCCCCAGUGCUAUGCCUGUUUCAUCAGUCUUUCAGUCUGUAUCCAGACCUACAACUAGCUCUGUAGCAGUUCAGCCAUUGUCUAGACCAGUGAAUGUUUCAGGAACUUCACAGACAUUGCAGAGACCAAUUGCUGGAUGUUUAUCAACACAGCAGAUGCCUCGGUCAAGUUCUGGAAUAUCACAACCUGUUAGCAGACCUGUAACCAUUCCAGUGACGACACAGCCAGCAUCAAGAAAUACUGCGGUUCCUGUAAUGGCUCAACCUGUACCGAGGCCGGUGACUACUGUAACAGCGGAGCCUGACAUAUUAAAUGAGGAUUAUAUUAUGGAUUCUCCACCAGCUGCACCAGAUAAUACAUCUGGUAUACUGUUUGGUGUGAGACAGAACUCGGGAGUUCCACAGUACCAGACUGGCCCAGCAGUGAAUGUAACAGGUCUGAAUGAGAGUGUUUUUGUAUCUAAGCGUCCUGCUACUUCUGAAGGCAACAGUGUAACUCCAAAAAAGACCAAGCCUAAUGAGGUUGGUGCUGGAAGCAAUUCUGCUGUUUCACCUACAGUUAACUCUGCAACAGUAACUCCAUCACAAAAUGUAUCUUCAAAAGGUACAAAUACUGCAUCAAGCAGCAUUAAAAACGGAGGACCUUUUCCACGAGCUUGUCCAAAGUGCAAUAUUCACUUCAAUCUUAUGGAUCCUUUAAAAAAUCAUAUGAAGUAUUGUUGUCCAGAUAUGCUAAAUAACUUUUUCCUGGGAAUGGCCAAAACGGAAUGUUCUGGCACAACAAGCAAGACUGCUGAAUCUGAGAAAGGAAAACUGAUUAUGUUAGUUAAUGACUUUUAUUAUGGGAAACAUGAAGGUGAUAUCCAGCAGGUACAACAGGAGCAGAAGACUCAUACAACAUUUAAGUGCUUCAGUUGUCUGAAAGUUCUUAAAAAUAACAUAAGGUUUAUGAACCACAUGAAACAUCACUUAGAGCUGGAGAAGCAGAGCAGUGAAAGUUGGGAAAGCCACACCACCUGCCAGCACUGUUACCGUCAGUUUCCCACCCCCUUUCAGCUGCAGUGCCACAUUGAAAGUACACACACGCCUUAUGAGUCAUCUACUAUUUGUAAAAUCUGUGAAUUAUCCUUUGAAACAGAGCAAGUUCUUUUGCAACAUAUGAAGGACAAUCAUAAGCCAGGUGAAAUGCCAUAUGUUUGCCAGGUAUGCAAUUACCGAUCCUCAGCUUUUUCAGAUGUAGAAACACAUUUCAGAACAGUUCAUGAAAAUACAAAACACUUGCUAUGCCCGUUUUGCCUCAAAGUAAUUAAAAUUGGAGCACCAUAUAUGCAUCAUUACAUGAGACAUCAGAAAAAAGGAGUAUACCGUUGCACUAAGUGCAGACUGCAGUUUUUGACAUGCAAAGAAAAAAUGGAUCACAAGACUCAGCAUCAUCGAACAUUUAGAAAACCUAAGCAAUUAGAAGGUUUGCCUCCUGGAACAAAGGUUACUAUUCGAGCAUCUGUUGGACCUCUUCAGUCAGGAUCAUCUGCUACAUCUUCUGUUAGUACAAGCUCUUCCACAUUUCAGUUAUCACCUAAAGCUAAAAAUACAAGCAGUAAAAAUCAUAACAAAUCUCAUGCAAAUAAGUCAAAAGCAAAAUCAAAGCCGUCAACUAUACCCAAGAAGCAAAAUGCAUGGACCAACAGCAGCAGCAGCAGCAAAAAAAAAAAUAAAGUUGCAAAUACAGCAUUGCAUAACUUGAGGUAUCGUUUGGGAGUUCACAAAUGUAUUGAGUGUUACUCAGAAAUAAAAGAUUUUGCAAGCCACUUUCCCACUUAUGUCCAUUGUAGCUUGUGCAGAUAUAACACUAGCUGUAGCAAAGCCUAUGUGAAUCACAUGAUGAGUUUUCACAGCGCUCGUCCGAGUAAAAGGUUUUGGAUCUAUAAGAAGCAUUCAGAAGAGCUAAGAGGUGUGACUGUAGUAUGUCUUAACUGUGAUUUCCUGACUGAUGUUUCUGGCUUAGAUAACAUGGCCACACAUCUGAGUGAAAACAAUACUCAUACUUGUCAAGUUAUUAUAGAAAAAGUUUCUGUAGAUUUCCCAACCGCUGAACAAGUAUCUGACAAACAAGAACAUGACUCUUCAGAGGAAACGAAAGAAUGCGACAGAAAUCAAAUCAACCAAGUUGCAUCAGUUGAAAAGAGUGAAGAAAGUUCAUCAUCGAAUACAGAAAACGCUCCCAAUUUGGAACUCGACAGCAAUGGCAACAGCUCUAGGAAUGCCUUGGAUGAGAAAGGAGCAUGUUGUGAUUCAGAUAAUAACAAACAAUUAAUAGAAGAGAAACAAAAAUGUAUUCAUGAUGAAAGUGAGUUGAAAACUUGCCAAAGUUCAGAUAAUGUUGUCUUGAAUGACCAGACUAAAGUACGUAGCUUGGAUGAGACUGCAUUAUCAUCACUGAAAGCAAGGGACUUGAAACUAACGUUGGGUGAAGAUGUUAGUUUUGAGCAGUUCUUGAGAAAAAGAGAUGAACCUGAAUCUGUUAGUUCAGAUAUUAGUGAGCAAGGCAGUAUUCAUUUGGAGCCUUUGACUCCAUCAGAGGUACUAGAGCAUGAAGCUACUGAAAUUCUACAGAAAGGUAAGGUUGCACCAUCAUCAAAAAAAGCUGGACUACUCUCAGAACAAACAGAUGAGACUUCUAAAGAAAGCAGUCCCAGCAGAAUGGAAACGGCUGUAAACAAGACAGAUGAAAAUGAAGCAAGCUGAAACUGUGUUAUUUUUUUAUUCAGUUUAUUAUAGAUAAUGGUAAGAACACCAUAGGCCAUUCCUGGUGAGUGUGCUCAUUGAUGCUAAUUAUUCAAAAAAAGACGCAGGGAAAUUUUGUGUAUGAAGAUAGUGUAUAUGUGUAUGUACAACUGAAUUGACUAAAUUUACAAGGAGUAACACGUUAAAUUUAUCUUCCAGUCUCUUGGAUGUGAUAUAUCUUACUCAACUGGCACUUGAAAGGAGGAUUAAAUUCUCAUUUUCAUAGUUAACUAGCCAGGAAUAAGGUGAUUUGUAAGUCAAGAAGAGAUUUCUAAAAAUCCUUCCAUGAGUAUCAGUAAACAGCAAAAUUUAGCAUGGAUUCGGUUCUGAUGCUGAAAUUGAGCACACUUGUAACAAUGGUUAUUGGUCUACUGUUAAUUUGGAUAAGCAUAAAAUUUAUUUGGAUUUGGUGUCACAUUCCUGUCUGUAAAAGCAUGUAAACAGAAUUAUAUGAACCUAUGCACCUUUGUACAGGUGUAAUCCUGCCAGGCUGUAAGCUUACCUUAAUAAACUUUCAGUGAAAGUGGAAUUAUUACAAUAAAAGUAUAUAUUUGUGGGGUUUUCCGUGUGCAAGCAGGGCAGAAAUACCAGACAUAGUUGUAUAAAAUAGGACAUACUGCUGAAAGUACUGUAGCUGUUAGACUUUUACCAUUGUUUUAAUUAUUCUUAGUGGUAGACCCUUGAGAAUGGUCAGUAAGUCAAGCCAAAGUAUGGUUUAAUGUAAAAACUGUUUUAAACAAAAAGGAGGGGGAAAAAAACCACCCACCAAACUGGAAACACCAACUGGCAUGCACUCUCUCAUUUUGCAGCUGCUACUUGCUAACUGUUACAAAAAUCACACAAGGGCAUACAAAGUAGAAUUGUACAGUUGAAUUUCAGGACUUUUUGUAGUCUAAAUUAUGUACAGAAAGAUGGCUGCUGGAUUUUUGGGGGUUUUUUGCUUUAUAGUUAGCAGCUAGAUAUAUAGAAAUGCUUAUGAUUAACAGUAGCUUGCUCUUAUGACUUUGCUGCUCCAUUUGAAACAUCAGAAUGUGCUUUUGACUUAGUUUUGUUUUUAAUGAAUGUUAAAUGUUUUGAACAGCUGUUAAAGCACUGCUGUAAAUUAUCACUUUUUGAGUAAAUAUUUGCAACAAAAUUUUGUCUUUGUGAAUAAUUUUAUUGCUCAACUUGUAACUUUGGGAAUGGUCUUCCCAACUUUUUGAAAAGAUUUAGUAGCAGUUUCCAAAAACUGUUUUAUUUUAAUAUGAGAAUAUGUGAAUAUGAGACUUCUGUGCUUUUAGAAUUAAAUGAGCAAGUGCCUAUGCACAACAUAUUUUUGUAGCUAUAUGUUGUGAUAAGAUGUGCUAACUUUUUUUAGAUUAUGAAGAUAUUUUUCUGGGCCAUCAGCAAGCAACUGAAGUCUGCUCUGUCCUCCUAGGUCAGCCAGGCUUAGCUGCUAAGUGAGUCUAAUAAAGAACAGCAUUACGAGGUUUAGAGACCAUCCAGCUCAUUGUUGGAGCCUCUAAAUGACCAUAUGAAUCUCAGCAUCUCAAAAGUUGUGCUUCAGAUUCUGAAGAAUUAUAUAUGACUGAAAAAUCAAAAGAUUUGAAAGUAAUAAAUGUUAAGUUCCUUUUAUGUCUCUUCUAUUUUUGAGCCUAUGAAUUGCAUCUUUAUUUUCAGCCAUACAGGGUUAUUAGAAGCCUUUUAAUAAGAAGAAUGAAAAUAUUUGCAUAAUCAUACCUCAGGUUAAUGAUUUCAUUACAAUUUCUAAAGAACAAGAUAUACAAAAGAAAUUACAAUUUAUUGCUCUCAAUUUUAUCGUUUGUGUUGUUUGAAGUUCUUAAAGUGGCAGAUCUUGGAGAGCUAUAAUUAGCAGGUAAACUCAGACUGAAAAACCUCUGUAUUUGGGAAUAAUAUAUAUGUAUUCUCGGGUAUUUAAUAUGUAAAGCAUUGCAUAUUUAGCUUAUUGCAACUCAUGUAGAGAAUCCUUAUACAAAAGGUAAUGUUGGGUGUAAAAAGCCCAAAUAGCUAACGUCUGCAAUAGCAGCCCUUUCAAGGAAGGAGGUAAAAGAGAGCUGGUGAGUAAAAUGUGUCAUGAAAACAAUGCUAUGUUAUUUUUAUGAAGCAGAAAAUAUUCCAUGAGUUUUUUAAAAAUUCAUUUGCUCUCUAAACACUAGGUGAUUGUGUAAUUAGGAAGAAAAUCUCUAUCAUGGAUUUAGGAAGUUUCCUAGAGAAGAGUUAAAUUGGCUUUUUUGGCUGAAGGCACUGCAGAAGAUCAUGUUAUGUUGAAUGUAAUUUGAAACUUUCCUCUGGGAGGAGGAAGGAAUUGAGGUUUUUGUUCAUUUCUGAGUCGUGUAGAUUUUUUCCAUCCAGUCCUCAGUAGUUCUUUUUCUGUGCUACCUCUCUUUUUGUUCUUAGGAAAGCAUUUUCCCUAAAAUUUUCAUUGCAUUACCAAAAACAGUAACUUAAAGUUAAUUCUUGGUAUCCAUAUUGGAAUCGCUGUUCCCCUUCAUCUCAAAACAUUUACUGUAUUUGCUUGAAUAAUGAUUUUGGGUUGUUUAUGUAACUUCUGUUUAUAAGGAAAUAGCACAUGCCUAAUGUUAUCUCCAUUAUUUGCAUUUAAUGGAAAAUUGUUGUAAUGAAUAACUUAUGGCCAGGCAGUAUACUGUCACUUGGCCAUUCCUCAAGUACAGCAAACUUCUCAGUUUGCCUUGUGCAGUUUAGGAAAGAAACUUUGGAAAAGAAACUACUGAAGAUUCAUGUUUUCCUUGGUAGAAUGGAAAAAUAAAAGGGGGGGGAGGGGGGGGAACAGAUUGAAUCAUAGCAAAUACCGAGUUCUAAUUGUAAGGUGAUGUAUUAUAAAGAUUGCCUUUUUAACCAAAACCUAGAGCAAGCAGAACAAUAAUAAAUAAGUCCAUGUUUUUGUUUUUCCCUUACUGGAAAUGGAGAUAAAAGAGAUCCGUGGACGUUAAGUCAUGUUCCUUCAUGCUUUACUGAGAGAAGGCAUUCAGGCAUUGCACACUGAAGGUCAGAGUUAGGAAUCUGAGUAACACUUGUUCUUCUGCAAAACCUACAAAUAAAAAAUCUCAAAGUGUU